AUACACACACAUUCUGAAUAGAUUAUUUCUGAAGAUAGUGAAAAAAAAUACCAGCAGGAAAUUCAAACGGAAAAGGAAGCGGGUGCUCGUGUCGUGCAAGUUGUUGCCAUUGCACAGUGUGAGUUGUGAGCGCACACAGUAUGGAAGCGGGGCGCUUGUAGCCCUGGUGUUGGACACAUCUCGCAUUCAUGCAUCCUGCACAGGCUCUGCGGAUCUGCCUCCUGCUCUCCAGCCUCCUGCUCGCCCGGGCCGCGGAGAUCAGCUACCGCUUCGAGAGCAACACCAACAACAUGGCCAUGAGUAGCCGGGGGGGCGGCAGGGUGUUCGUGGCCAGUAACAACUCCUUGCACCAGUUCACCCGGGGACUGGUGCUGGAGCGCUGGGUCCGCACCGGCCCGCGUCUGGACGGACCGUGUAUGAAGAGUCAGGGCUGCUGCCAGCGCUGGACCAACACCACCAAUGUCAACCGCAUCUUGGUGGUGGACGAGGACCACGGAUAUCUCAUCACCUGCGGCACCGUGAGGGGUGGCGCCUGCGAGGUGCGCCAGCUCAGCAACAUCAGCGAUUCCCAGCAGAACGAGAAGGGCCGAGUGGCCACACUGGACUUGAGGGCCUCCACCCUGGCUUUCCCGGUGCCUAUCAACAACUCGACCCACAUGCUGACCGCCGUCACCUCCACGGGCGAGGACAGCAGGUUCAUCCCCGCCGGCUGCAAGGGCGAUAGUAGCUACCACGAGAUCAAGGAAACCCGCAUCUUCUUAAGGUCUCUGGAGGGCCCAGUGACCGGGAGCCUCUUCCUCAACUACGAUUCCGACUCUCUAGAGCCGUUCGUAGACCUGCCAACCUCCGAGGAGCACCAAUUCGUGCAGGGUUUCCACCUUAACGGCGCAAUCUACAUCUCAGUCAAUGCAGCCAACGCCAAAGUCUUCUUCGCCUAUGUUUCUAACGCCAGGCAAGGCGUUCUGGUCAGCAUCUCCUGCAGCUUAGCUGGGAGUGGGCCCCUCCAGGUCUUGUCGUCUGCCCUGGUCAGCACCGCCGGCUCCCAGUCCUUCCUGGCCGCUGUGCUCUCUCGCCAGGAACAGCCGCAACACAAUGCGCUCUGCCUCUUCGAGUUGGGGCGCUUCAACACCGUCAAAAAGGUUCCUAUGUCUGGGCACGAAAUAGUCAUUGCUUCGGACACAAUAGACAGUAUGCCGUUAUUUAGUUACUCUGGAUUGUUAUCUGUGUCAGCUACGUUGGUGAGGAACUGGGCUGUCAUAUUCCUUGGAGCAGAAGAUGGACGAUUGAUUAAGCUGGUUCUGGAUGAAAACAUGAAAGUACUUCGGCCAAGUAUUCUGAUUGAACUACAAGAUGAAUCUCGAAUUAAGCACAGCAUAAUGUUUGAUAAAAUAGAUCCACAUUACUUCUACCUGUUAACUGAGAGGAUGGUGAGACGGCUGAAGGUGGCAAACUGUAGCCAGUACAGUUCGUGUGAAGAUUGUUUGUCGGCACAGGACCCGUACUGUGGAUGGUGUGUGAACGAGGAAAGGUGCUCCUUUAACAGUGAAUGCAAAAAAACAAUUUGGAUAAAGUUCACAGGACAAGCUGACAGUUGUCCAAAGGUUGCCAUUCAACCUUUGGCAAUUCCUGAUACUUUGGACAAGCAUUUUAAAGUGAUAUUAAAAGGGAAUCUUGGUAAUGUAACCAGAGAAAAGGGAGAGUGUAUGAUGAGGAACACCAAGACGAAUGAGAUUAUUUGCCAUGCCAAAUACAGCACUUAUUGCCUCUGCCGUCUGUCCAGCAAGACCUACCUUCAGCUCAGCAAUCAGAUAGACCCAUUCGUAGAGGCAUCUUUUCAAUUAACGUCCCUGAACAUCACCACCAAGCUGUAUAAUUGUUUUAACAGUCAUGCCUCCCGCAGUAACAUUCCAUGUUCCAAUUGUGUUAAUUCUGGAUGUUACUGGUGGGCGACAGAGCAAAAGUGCUCUCUAUUUCCUAAUCUAAGUAAAACGCAGGCCUGCCCUCAUGUUACUCGUGCAGAACAAUCUACAGAGUUAGACCUUCACAUUUACCUGAAAGAUGCUGAAAUUCUCGAAAAAUCUAACCUGAGCUGUGUAUAUAAUGGGAAAGACGAAUUGAAAUCAACAGCCUUCUGGAUUAACAAAUUUGCCAUCACAUGCCGCAGGCCUGAGAAUAAUUGCCAGGCAUUUGAGCACUUGAUUAUGUCUCCAGGUGUACCGUCCUUGGGAGAGGCUUACUUUAUCCCCAGUAAGGAUGUGCCUAAGUGUGGCUGGUGUUGA